CGCUAAUCAGAGAUGCGCGGAAUUCGCCGUGAUCCCAAAAAUCCAAGCCAGACAUCAAAAACCGGAAGAACACCCCACGGCCUGCACAAACACAUCUAUAUCUAGCUCCUCUCUUCAUCGCUGGCAAAGCUCGAUUUCAAUUACCGUGCUCCCUUACUCGAAUUAUCCAUCAUGGUCCCGAAGCCGCAGGGCUCAGCAGCCGCGAAAUCCGUCACCCAUCGACCUCUACCCCCGCUUCCAAAGUUACGUGUAAGACGGCCGAAUAAACCAGAGAUGAAUCCGUGCUUGGGCAUAAUGGCAUCUGUACUAGGCUGUUGGGCAUCAUCCGGAUACAGCAUUCAAGGAUGCGCACAAUUGGAGACAAAGUUGAGACACUGUAUGGAUUCGCCUAGGAAUCCAAACACAAAGAAGAACAACAUCAAUUACCACCUCUCGCGAAUGUACCCCAAAAUCGUCGGACCUCACAAACGAGACUAAUCUAGCCGCUACUGGGCAAGUAGCCUCAAAAUUCUGUAGAUUAUAUGUACAUCAGUCUGUCCUCAAAGCGGCGGGAGCAAUGAUACUUCGAUCAUGCGUGUAUAGCAAAAGCUAUCACUGCAGAUUGCAACAUCGGGACGGCGUUUGGGUUGGAAAUACCACUGUACAUAUUCAAUUGGAGAAAGAGUUAGACUAACUACAUC